CUGCUCAUCUGCUGCUCAGGCAGGAGCAGAUAUUAGCUCGUUUAAAUACCAAGAUAAAGCUCAGAGGGCUUAGAGAGCAAACAACCUGCUUUUCAUUGUGGUGUCAGGAGGAGAGACGAGCGGCAGCACCAUGACGAUCGUCCACUACUGUCUAUUAUUGUUGCUUUUUGUGUUCCUGCUGCCAACUUACAGCGAGGCUUUGAAGUGCUACACCUGCAUGGGCUCUAAUAACGAUGACUGCAACCGACAAGGCUCCAAGUCCUGUCCCAGCUACUCUGAUGCCUGCGCGGUGGUGGUGGGCCAUGACAGCGGUGUGAUGAAGUCGUGUUCCUACAAGUCUUUCUGCAGUCAGGCCAGCAGCCAGGGAUACAGAGCGCCAGGGGUCAGAGUUCACUGCUGCUACAGUGAUGACUGCAACAUUAAAAGCUUCGCCUCUCCGCUGCCAGGAUUCAGCUAUUGGCUGCUGUCUCUUCUGCUACUUUUGCACUGACUUUUUUUCACAGGACACACAGACAAUCUGAUCAUGCCAACAAGAAUCCAUUCAGCAUUCAAACGCCAACGAAAUGCCAAAAAGACUGCCUGUUUUCACUCUUGAUGACGUCCUACUGACCACUACUCCACUUAGCUUUGGUUAAUGUAUUUAUUGGAGUGCAAGACAUUAAGAAAAAGCUGCAUACUGAGCAGUGAAUUAAUGCUUAUGAACCGUAUAAAUAAAUCAGUCAACCAGCUGCAUCUUUGAUGGCAGAUGGGCAUGGCCCAGUUUGCUAAUCUUGAGUAAAAAUACCAUGUUGUCAUGGCAUUUGCACAUUUUCUUUCAACAUUUGAAAGAAAAUGGAUCUAAUUGCUUUUAGUUAUAAAGUGAAAAGCAACAACUAUUUGCUGCAGCUUCAAAAUACUGAUUUUUAGUUAUAUUAAUAUUGUACAUAAAAAAAAAUCUAUUUACUAUUAUGAUUUCAAGGCCUUGACUUAACCCUGAACUAUACAGCCAGAUGUGGGUCUAACUCCCCGACACAAGUUCACAAAUUUCGCAUGAAAAUUACAACAAUAGAUCAGCUUCAAAGACUUUAGCUCAAAUGAUGUCAACAUCAUUUGUUACAAAGCCAUAUUAUAGAAGCUUUCUUUCAGCCAACAGUGCAGCAACAAGUGGAGGAGGGGCAAUGCUCUCCGACAGCCAGAAAAAACUUGUCAUUUUGCCAUUUUCUCUAAACGCACUGUAAGGUAUAGAAAUACUUUAUAAUUCAGCUUUUCUGCUUCCUUUUCUGUUUUGUAAAAAUGAUGAACCCCAUAUUAGAUGCUAUACCUCAUCUAAACACUCCAGUAUUUGAGCACAGUUUGCGCUGAAAUAAACAGUCCUGUGUUUAAAAACGCACCAAAGAGUGUACUCAGCUGGCAUGUUUUCUGUGCUUUUUUGUUAUUAGCCUCCUUCCUGCCAAUCAUCAACCUGAGUCGUGUUAACGCUCCUGGUAGGAAGUGAGAAGAAGCCUCUCACACACUGUUCACGACUGUGGCCAGAUGUGUUACUCUGAGAUAAAUUUGCUGUAUUUUGAAGUUACUUAGGGAGUUUCUGACAUUGUGAACAGAAUCUGGACACACCUCACAGACAAAGAGGUGGCAGCAAUUCGUGUUUUGAUGUGCAUUACAAUAAAGUAUGUCACUUUUUGUGUCUUUAUGUAUAUUUAGAGCUGUUAAUCUGAAAUAAUGAAAAGGUGAAUGUAAUAUGAAUAGAGUGUUCAUUCCUGUCAAUAUGUGCAUUUAUUACUGUGGAUUAUUUAAAUACACCAGUGAAUUAUUGUGUGAAGAUACAAAGACCCUCUUGUCCUCUCUGCAGAGUAUUAAAGGUUUACUCAUCAGAUCA